AUGCCUACUGAACCAAAGACCAUUCCCAUUCCCAAUUCCUACGUCAACCCCCCAGGCAGCCAUGUCCGGAUUUCCAACUAUCCAGAGGCAGCACCAGAUGUCACCCCCAUCCAAAUCGUCAAGCUCAACCGCCCCGAGAAGCUCAACGCCAUUACCGGCGCCAUGAUACAGACGCUUAUCGACUUCUUCACAACAGUCUCCGUAGACGACCGCGUCAAAGUGGUCGUAUUCACUGGCGCAGGCAAGGCAUUCAGCGCCGGCAUCGACCUCACCGGCGACGUCAGCCAGGAGAAGAAUAGGAUCCCUUCGAGCCAGAUGCGCGACCCGGGCGGUACAUUGGCACUGGCCAUGUUCAACUGCACCAAACCCAUAAUCGUCGCGUAUAAUGGGCUCGCUGUGGGUAUUGGAAUGACUUCCACCCUGGCGGCUGCUAUUCGGAUUGCCCCAAGGAAUUCCGAAUUCGGCUUCCCAUUCUCUAGAAUCGGCCUGACCAUGGAGUCAGCCAGUUCCUUUUUCCUCCCCCGGAUGGUUGGCUACAGUAACGCCACAUAUCUCCUCGCGACGGGGAAGCGAUACCCAGCACACUCCUCUGUGCUACAUGGAGUCUUCGCAGAACUCCUACCCGAGCCAAAGGACAUUCUCCCCCGCGCCAUCGAGCUCGCACAGGAUAUCCUGACGAAUGUAAGCACAAUGGCCGUGCAUCUGAACAGGCAGCUUAUCUGGCGGAAUGCGGGCUCUGCGGAGGGUGCGCAUCUGGUGGAUAGUCCCUUGAUGUAUGACAUGUUUGGGAGCAGUGAUCAUUUGGAAUUCAAGAAAUCGUUCUUUGAGAAGCGGCAGGUGCAUUUCACGGAUCUCUUGUCGAAGGAUGCGCCCCGGACGUAUCCCUGGUGGAAUGAGCUGUCGGUGGAGACGAAGCCCAAGGCGCAGGGCUCUGGCAGCAAGUUGUAA